AUGACAUUUCCUGAGCGAGAACGCUACAUUAGAGUCCUAUUGACAGCUUCUACUGACCCAAAAUUUAAGAAGGACUAUGAUGAGUUGAUCAAUCGGCAUAGAAAUCUGUUUUUUUCUGGAAUUCAUGGACGCACGCACUUUCUUCCAUGGCAUCGCUAUUUUACGUUGCUUUACGAGAACCUCCUUCGCCGAGUAGACUGUAAUUUCACGGUAGCAUACUGGGAUUGGAGCUCAGUGUCUGCGAAUCCAUUCAGCACGGAGAAUAGUAAAGACUUAUGGCACAUCGCGAACACUGGUUUUGGCGGGAACGGCGUAGGGUCGUAUAGCUGUGUCCAGACGGGACCAUUCAGAGAGGCUAACUGGAGCAUCGUGCCACUCCCCGCCAAUUCCCUACCGGAACCGGGUCCUCGUUGUUUAGCACGGAGGUUUAAUGGGAACCCUCCUGACUCCGUAGCAGUUCAAGAGGUCUUAACUAUACCAGCGAGUAACUUCACCGAUUUUGAGCUCAUGCUCCGUGUGAAUCUCCACGACGUUGUGCACUGCUUGAUAGACGGAACCAUGUGCUCGAUAGACUCAGCUGCCGCCCCGGAGUUUUUUCUUCACCACGGAUUUAUUGACAAGAUUUGGGACGAAUGGCAGAGGAAAAGCGACGCCCAUAGAAAUGCCUUCUUUCCUGGUAUCAACGAGACUAUGCCAGGUUCUGAGUUGCAACCACGGGAGAUAGUCAACCUUUUAUCGCAGCCGGGAGGUGCCCGGGUGGAAUAUCAGGCAUCCAAGAAACGUUCUAAUUUAUUGCCUCUUUUAAGAGUCAAAGGAAACUGCUGCUCGAUAAAGAAUUCUGCGCAGAAUAUUUCAGAGCAGAAAAGAGAAUUAAUGAUGUGCGAGAUUUUACCAAAUAUACUUUUUGGUGUGAAUUGGACUUUUGGAACGCAGCAGUAUGGUUUCAUUCCUGAGUACAAAGAAGAUUCGACAAUUUCAGAUUGUUUACUAGUCAAACUGGCCACUGGAGAUCGAAAACCACAAGCCACAACUGAAUUUCUACUAGUCUGUGGUUAG